GCGGGCGGGGGGAUAAAACAAACGCCACACGAGUGUUUGUACUCCAACCUGUGGAACAGAAAACGUGCAUGAAUGGAGGAGCUCGAACGCGGACCUGCCUCCGUGGGCGUGGACGUCAGAAAAAAAGGACAAUUACACUUAAACGUUUCGGGCUGACUUUGAGAUUCGUCACAGUCACGAUAGGCGAGGCGGAAUGUGACGUAAUGUGAUGUCAGCAUGAGAUGUUCGUACGAAUAAGACUCGUCGUUUUGUGAUUGUUUUGUUGGGUGAAAAGAACACGUGUCAAGGCCCUACGCAGUCCAGCAAAUGUGAACAUGUUGACUUUUUUUAGGUGUUUUUUUGUUUGUUGUGCUUAGCAAAAGGCGGCUUAAAGACAUUGAUCAUAACAUGAUAUGAUGCAUACAUGUGUAAAGCAGUUGGGUUGCAUCAUAUGGUGCUGUCAUAAAUCAUCUGUGCUAUAAACGCCUUUAACAAGCUGCAGAGUUACACAGCAUUCAUUUGUCCCGUUAUUCUAACACACUUACACAUUGUUGAAAUGAUAAGUGGAUGGAUGGAUAGAUGGAUGUUAGAGGCUACGUUGUGUAUCUACAGUUGUUCCAUUAUGACCAUCUCCACUGUUCUUGCCUGAGCCAUUAGUGUUAUCGGUGAAUCAGUGCCCCUUUUACUUCUGCCUUUGCCACAACCAAACAUUAGGCUUGAAGGGACAGUCCAUCGUGUUGUAAGUCAACACGAUAUGGUAUUGGGUCUGUUUUUUUUCUUGGGUCUUGGGCCUACAGUGGACUUUUCAGGGCCUCUGUAAUGGGAGCAGUAAUAUGCCUGGAUCCCAAGCAACAUACUUAAUUUCUUAUUUUGGAUUCCAUUCAGAUUAUCCAGAGCCAUGUUCUAUGUGUGCUGAGCUGCUUUAUUGGUCAGGUUUUUGUUUAACGGCCUAAAAACUUUGAUGAAAAAAAGAAAACCCUCCUUGAUCUACUUAAGGAAUGAGGACAGCUUUCUGCGUCACAUUAUUUUAAACAUCAAGCAAGCCAAGUGUCUGGAAAGUUUAUACGUCAACCUGAUAUUAUCGUGUAGACUGAACAAAACUAGUAUUCCACCAUUAUUGUAGGCAGAUUACAAGUCAUUCCUGGGCCCAGUUUUGCAUGUUUUUUGGCAAAUAGUCACCCAUAAUGUAUUAUUCAAAACAUUUGAAUGGAUUCAUAAUUCUUUGUGUAAUUAUCAGAUGUGUAUGUGCACUACAAGGUUCAGGGCUUUUAACUUCUUCACAUCAGAUCCACGUUACUAAGGCAUACGCUAAUUAUCUAGGCUAUGAGCACUUAUGACUGUGGCUGAAGCAAAUGGAUCUUGCACCAUCAAGUCCGAGAUAGGGAUUAAAGUGGAUUUAAAACAUCUAUAUUCACCGACAUAUCCGUCAUCAGACCUGAGUAAAGAAUCAUUAAGCAGACCAACUUUAGGAUCUAGAGUUCUGCUUUUACUCGGGCAGGAACAUGUGUUACUGCACUGAACAGCAGAAAACACUCUGGAAUAGUCACACAUGCUCUUAUGUGGAAACUGCUAAACUUAGAAAACUAUUUGAUAUUUGUAAUUCCAUCAUUGUUAGAAUCCAAUUAUUUGGUUUUUAAAUGCCAUCAAAACCAUAUCAACAAUUUAGCUGUAGUCAUGCUCACAUAAACCAUUUGCUGCAAAAACUAAAAGUUAGAAUUAAAAUAAUCUCACAUACUAUAUUCAACAGUAACCUAAUUAAGUGGCUCAUUUAGACCUUUUCAACGUGACAGCCCACUGACUCAGUGCCUGAUUGCUCGUAAUGUGUUUGUUUGAAUUCAGUUCAUGAAGACGAAGCCUAUUUAAUCUUUUCUGACUUUAUCUAACAAAAAACAGAGCCACGAUACAGCACAAGAAAACAGGACAUGAAAAGAACAAGUGUCAAGCAGAUAAAUUCCUGUUAGCUCUCAGCGGACCUGUCUGAUCUGUUCCAGAUUCCAAGCUUGGGGAGCUAUUCAACCUCUGUCUGUAAUGAAGGUCUUUCUACCAGGUCUGUAAAGAGCCACCCAGCCACAGGAUCCUAGCAGACAUGGGCAAACUACAAAGCAAGUUUCGCAAGAGGUCGGAACUCUACAGGGCAUCGCAGGGGGAGAAGGUAGACAAUACCUGUGACAGUCAGGUGGUGCAGUAUGAACCUGCCCAUCAUGGCUCCAUCAGCACUGUCACAAAUCUUAGCCCAGAUUUGUGUGUUUCUGGUGGGAGUGACCAGGCUGUUGUGGUGUAUGACUGGAAACAAGGCCGGAUGUGUCAGUCCUUCCAGGGACACAACCGUGAGGUUACCAAGGUGAUGUGCUAUCCAGGCAGUACGUGGAUCUUUAGUGCCUCACGGGACAAGACUGUUCUGAUGUGGGACCUAAACCAGGGGGACGAACCUAUUCAGGAAUUCUGUGGGCAUGAAUUGGUGGUCAAUGGACUGGCCAUCAGCCCUGAGGGGAGAAAGCUGUGCACCGGUUCCCGUGACAACUGGAUGUGCCUGUGGGAUAUAGAAUCUGCUAAAUGUGAACAGAGAACCAACAUUUCUAGAAACCUGGUGACUCAUGUGUGCUGGGUGCCAAGCAGCUCCUCUCUAGUCCAGACCUCCGAAGAUAAGACCAUAAGGGUGUGGGACAGCCGAACAUGGCAGGUGACCAAUACUUUUCCAGCCAAGCAGUACAUCCAGACCCACUGUGAUGUUUCUCCAAACGGAAACUACUUGGUGUCCAGCAGCAACGGCUUCGGGGGCCAAGGCUGUGAAGCCACGCUGUGGGACCUGCGUCAGCCCGGCUGCAAGGUGGUCGAGUACAGAGGACACCUCCAGACCGCCGCCUGCUGUAUGUUUCUGCCGACGCCUCCUGACGGAGCAGCUCAGGUUGCAACGUCCUCUCACGACGGCUCCGUCAAGAUCUGGGAUCAGAACUCUGCAGUCUGCCUGGGGACGCUGUGUCUGGACGGUGCUGGUCCACUGGUUAGCCUGGCCCCCACUGACUCCACCAACCUGCUGUGUGCCAGCUUCAACAACGGCCUUCAUCACCUCCAGGUGGGCCACCAGGCUCAGGGUUUCGGGGCAGAGUCGGGCGCAGCUGGCGGCACGGAAAUAAAAGUUGUGUCACGCUUCUGACGGCCCGAUGGCGCCGGGUGUGACUCGCACCGCUCACAAUGUGAACAGCCAGCUACCACCAUCCCCCCCCCCAUAAGGAUGUCUCCUCAGUCAUUUUUCUAGUUUUCCUUUUUUUUUAAAAAAACAUUUUUGCUUUACUAGACUGCCAUACAUCCUGCAAAGCCUCCUGCUGUACAUCAUGUUACCCCUCAAUUGACCAGAGACAAAAUGUCCGUGCUUCAUCUGCUGCUGUCAUGGAUCCGAGCGUUGUGGUGGUGGUCGAUCCUGACGCGUCUGAAGUGUUGUUCAAUCCCUCUUACAGCAGGAAAACAUGUAGCAGAUGCACCCGGGCUGGCACUGUUGUUUGUGCAACGUUUUUCUAAAGAGUAAUGGAGUAGACGUGACAGUAGUCUGACAGUUGACUAGUUUGUUCUGUAGCUUUAACCUUUGUGGUCGACCCAAUGAGAACCUACGACACAACACUGUACUAACACCAGCUUGGUUAUUAGGUAGAAUUUAUUUUGUAAUGUUUUUUUUAAAGAUACAGAUUUUUUUUUUUAACUGAAGAUGCCAAGCUCAUGUUGCUGCUGGUGUUUAAUACGUUAAAUUGAAAGAUUACUAUGCAACAAAAACCUUAGUAAUUCCCACAGUAUUGUUCGAAUGAACAAAUGAGAUUGGAAUAUAUUGCAAAUACAAAAGAUCGCUGCUCUUUGGGCUAUAAACAUAAAACCUGCCACUAUAAAAUGGAUUGGAUGAAUCUAGUGUUGGUACUGUGCUUUUCCCAAAUGUUGAGCGACUUGUUAACUCUAAAAGUCUCACUUGUAUACUGAUUACUUUACUUUCAGCUUUUUUAAAUGGACAGUUUUUGUUUGUGGAGAUCCGAUUACCAUCUGUCACAAAGACAGCUGUCACAUCCAGCUGUGAUGAGAGGCUUUGUCUCAUGGUGCUGAGGAAUCCACAUUCUAUUAAGCAUUAUUUUUCAAAACAUUUAGAGAACGUUACAAGCAGUAGAAAUGAAUUGCCUGAGAAUUGACUGCUUGGGUAUUGAUCACUUGAAUAAUAUACAUUAUAAUUAAGCAAUAAAUCAUUUUGUAAU